CACACACACACCACGUAUUCACUCGGUUACCCUCACGUUCAUCUGGCACCAGGAGGCUCUUUCUGCAUGGCGGGAUUUUGCUGUUAUUGCAUCGUGAAGCCGUGUGGAAUAUAGAAACGUGGAUUCCUGUGUAUAGGAGUGUGUGCGUGUGUGUGUGGAAGCACAGAUUGGAGAGGAUAGUACAAUACAGAAGGCUGGAUUUCUCAGCGCUCAGGGUUCUCAUAUUUAAUGGAAGGAUUAUACCACGAUAUUUCAAGAAUUUCCUAUUACACAGAAUAUGACCGACACCUAGCGUACAGUAAAGGCAUGGCGACGGCGUACCUGGAGCCCAGCCUGAGUCACGGCGUGGGCGGAGGGGUCAAGUCUCGUCUUAGCGGGGGAACCGAGCGCUCCGGACCUGCUCCCGAUCGCGUCCUCAAGGUCAUCCACCACUUUGAGAGCAAGAGCGAACACAGCACAUGGUGCAGCAACAUCCGUCACGGAGACGCCACCGAUGUGCGGGGGAUCAUACAGAAGAUUGUGGACAUCCACAAGGUGAAAUGUGUGUCCUGUUUCGGCCUCCGCCUCAGCCACAUCCAAUCAGGCGAUGUCCACUGGCUCCACCCCGACAUGGGCGUGUCCCAUGUGAGGGAGAAGUACGAGCAGAACCGGCCGCAGGACGAGUGGAGGUACGAGCUGCGGAUCCGCUACCUGCCGAAGGGCUUCCUGAACCAGUUUACUGAAGACAAACCGACACUGAAUUUCUUUUACCAGCAGGUGAAGAACGAUUACAUGUUGGAAAUAGCCAAUCAGGUCGACCAGGACAUCGCACUCAAGCUGGGGUGCCUGGAGAUCCGGAGAUUUUACCGAGAAAUGAGAGGAAACGCGCUGGACAAGAAAUCCAACUACGAGCUGUUAGAAAAAGAUGUUGGCCUCAGGAGGUUCUUCCCCAAGAGUCUGCUGGAUUCAGUGAAGGCUAAAGCCUUGCGGAAGCAGAUUCAGCAGACAUUUAAGCAGUUUGCCAGCCUGAACGAUGAGCAAAGCAUUCUCAAGUUCUUCGAGAUCCUCACCCCAGUCUACAGAUUCGACAAGGAAUGCUUUAAAUGUGCUCUCGGGUCAAGCUGGGUUAUCUCGGUGGAGCUGGCUAUCGGUCCUGAGGAAGGCAUCAGCUACCUGACAGAUAAAGGCUCAACACCGACACACCUGGCUAACUUUACCCAGGUGCAGAGCAUCCAGUACUCGUGCAUGGAGGAGCGUGAGAGGAAGGGCAUGCUGCAGCUGGAUGUGGCCGGAGCCGCUGAGCCUCUCACCGUCACCACGCCGUCCUUCACCACCGCAGAGAACAUGGCCGACCUGAUCGACGGCUACUGUCGCCUGGUCAACGGCGUCGCCCAGUCUUUCAUCGUCAGGCCGCAGAAAGAGGGAGAGAGAGCACUUCCAUCAAUACCAAAACUUGGAAACAAUGAGAAGCGGAUAGAAACUGUACGAGUAGGAGUUCGUACCAUCUCUGUAUCAGACUCGCCGACUCCAACGCCACCCAAAGCAGCUAAAGCUCGUCGCUUCCUCCUCCCUUUUGUCUUCUGCUCCCAUGAUUCUCCACCUAAGGAAGAUAUUAGUGGGGAUGAAACAGACGACUAUGCAGAGAUCAUAGAUGAGGAGGACACUUACACCAUGCCUUCCACCGAGUGGUACGGAGUAGACAAAGCCAGGGAUUAUGAGAUCCAGCGAGAACGCAUCGAGUUGGGCCGCUGCAUCGGAGAAGGCCAGUUUGGAGACGUGCAUCAGGGGAUCUACGCCAGCCCAGAGAACCCUUCUCUGUCCGUGGCCAUUAAAACGUGUAAGAACUGCACCUCGGAUAGUGUGCGGGAGAAAUUCCUGCAGGAAGCCUUGACGAUGCGGCAGUUCGACCAUCCCCACAUUGUCAAACUGAUUGGUGUAAUCACAGAGAACCCGGUGUGGAUCAUCAUGGAGCUCUGCACCCUCGGCGAGCUGAGGUCGUUUUUACAAGUGAGGAAAUACAACCUGGAUCUGGCGUCACUGAUUCUGUACGCCUACCAGUUGAGCACAGCUUUGGCUUACCUGGAGAGCAAGAGAUUCGUACACAGGGACAUUGCUGCCAGGAAUGUCUUGGUGUCUUCCGCAGACUGUGUGAAACUUGGAGAUUUCGGACUCUCCAGGUACAUGGAGGACAGCUCCUAUUACAAAGCCUCCAAAGGGAAAUUGCCAAUCAAAUGGAUGGCACCAGAAUCCAUAAACUUCCGCCGCUUUACCUCAGCCAGUGAUGUUUGGAUGUUCGGUGUGUGCAUGUGGGAAAUAUUGAUGUACGGCAUCAAACCCUUCCAAGGUGUGAAAAACAACGACGUGAUCGGCCGAAUAGAGAAUGGCGAGCGCCUGGCCAUGCCCCCCAACUGCCCCCCCACCCUUUACAGCCUGAUGACCAAGUGCUGGGCGUACGACCCGGGCAAGAGGCCACGUUUCACUGAACUCAAGACACAACUCAGCACUAUUCUGGACGAGGAGAAAGCUCAGCAGGAGGAGCGCAUGCGUAUGGAGUUGAGGCGCCAAGUCACUGUGUCCUGGGACUCAGGAGGAUCGGACGAUGCUCCUCCGAAACCCAGCCGGCCAGGUUAUCCCAGUCCCCGAUCCAGUGAAGGUUUCUUCCCAAGUCCUCAACAUGCAGGACAGCACAAUCAUUACCAGGGAACGGCUUACCCUGGAUCUCACAACAUACCGGCAGUGCCCAGUGGAGGAUAUCCGGGCCAGGCCUCUGUCCUUGAGCCCCAUGAGACAUGGAAUCACCACAGACAAGACGUCCCUGUGUGGUCUCCUAAUAUGGAGGACGGAGGUGCUCUGGACAUGCGGGCCCUGGGUCAGGGGCUGCCGACUCACCUGAUGGAGGAGAGGUUGAUGUUUCAGCAGCAGCAGAUGGAGGAGGAUCAGCGUUGGCUUGAGCAGGAGGAAAGCUUCCUGAAGCCAGAGUCCAGAAAUUCAAGGGGCAGUAUUGACCGGGAGGACGGUGCUCUCCAGGGGCUGACGGGAAACCAGCAUGUAUACCAACCUGUGGGCAAAGCAGAUUCCGGAGCCCCACCUAAGAAGCCUCCUCGUCCGGGAGCUCCGUGCCACCUGGGCAGCACAGCCAGCAUCAGCCCGGUGGACAGCUAUAACGAGGGCGUGAAGCCCUGGAGGAUCCAACCUCAGGAGAUCAGUCCGCCUCCGACAGCCAACCUCGACCGCUCCAAUGAUAAAGUGUAUGAGAAUGUGACUGGUCUGGUGAAGGCAGUGAUCGAGAUGUCCAGUAAAAUACAGCCUGCAUCCCCUGAGGAAUACGUGCCCAUGGUGAAGGAGGUGGGGCUGGCUCUGAGGACGCUGCUGGCGACUGUGGAUGAGACCAUCCCUAUCUUACCAGCUAGCACACACAGAGAGAUCGAGAUGGCUCAGAAGUUGCUGAACUCGGACUUGGCCGAGCUGAUCAAUAAGAUGAAGCUGGCGCAGCAGUACAUGCUCACCAGCCUGCAGCAGGACUACAAGAAACAGAUGCUCACGGCCGCACACGCCCUCGCAGUGGACGCCAAGAACCUUCUGGACGUAAUCGACCAGGCCAGGCUGAAGAUGAUCUCUCAGUCACGGCCCCAUUAGUCCUUUCCUCCUUCCUGAGCGGAAAUGUUCAGGAGAAGGGGGGACGCCGUAAUAGCACAGGUGAGAGACGACAGGACACGAUGUCCACCGCUGGGACAAUACGGUGAUGUCAUAUAGCGAAUCACGGCACAGCACGAGUGGCUCUUCAGACGGAACACACAGUUCUACACCUGACGUCUCACCACAAGAUUACAAAAAUGAGUCUUCUCUAUAGAGACUCGCACACACGAUGGUCUGUGGACUUGAAGAUACAAUGCUAAUCAAGAUUUUAUUGUACGCUUUGUGCUGGCUUUUUUUUUUUCCUUUUCUUUGUUUGUUUUAAAUUAUGUUCAGAUGAACUCCAGCAAAGGACACUUUUAUCUGAGAAAACACCGCAACUGGAAUCCACAUGAAAAUCAGAGCUAAUAUGGAGCCUGGAACUACCUACAUUAACCCAAAGGUGUAUUACAACACACACAUACUUCCUGAACUGUCCUUUGGCAGACACACACACACACACACACACAAUGAGCCCACACUGUUCUUUCUAUCCUCUGACUUCCAUUCAGGGGGACAUUCACCUUGAGACACCAUCACAUCAUGCUGUUUAACUGUUAAACAUCACUAUAUUGUGCACAGGAACACAUAUUUUUUAAAGAAUUGUCUAUGAAGUUAAAAAUAAAUAAAAAUAGCAUAUCUCUAACAACGGGGUAUUAAUGGGUAAAAAAUGCCAUCAGGGACUGUUAGAAACAAAUCCAAUUCCUUUUAUUCAUACCAGAUCGUAAAAAGCACAGUUUUCGAAGGUUAAAGUCUUUUUUUUUUCUUACUCGUGGCUUUCUCAGAAUAAAGCCGCUAGAUGUACGGCAAUAGGCCACGUUUACCGUCGAUCUACACGUCUCUUCCCCAAGCUGACGAACUCGGCCAUGUCGCCCCUGUGUAUAGUACAAUCUAUUAAUGAAUUCACUUUGUCACUCGGAUAAAUUAUUCUCAGGAAAAGAAAACUGACUGUACAGAAACUUUAACUAAUAAAAUGUGUUACUCUUGUA